ACUAUGCUAGUGCACGAGACGGAGCACACAGGCAUGAAACCAUUUGUUUGUGAUUCGUGCAAUAAAUCUUUUCCAACCAUGGCUGUGCUCAGGAAGCAUGCUGCUACACAUGCAGGGAAGAAACCUCACACCUGUGAUGUUUGCCACAAGAAUUUCAGCUCAAGAGGUAACCUGAAUCAGCACAUGAAAAAACACACGGCUGUUAGGCCAUUUUCUUGUCAACAAUGUUCAAGAAGUUUCGUAUUUAGGGGUGACCUGCACGUACAUCUCAAAAUGCAUGCUGGAAUCAGGCCACACAAAUGUAACUACUGUUUAAAGACAUUCAGCAGCAAAGGUAACCUCAACCAACAUCUUAAGAUGCAUUCGGAUUCAACAUCUUAUGUUUGCACUACCUGUUCCAAGGUCUUCACCAUAAGAUCAUGUUUUGAGGAGCAUAUGAAAGGUCAUGCAGCUGUCAAAACUGAAGAAAAAUCUAUAAAAGAUUGUGCUGCUGUGAGUCAAGAGGAACAUACAAAAGAUAAGACUGAAUAAACAUUCACAUAUAUUUCCAAAAUGUAAUUUGUCAUUGUUUUGAGAUAUGGGAGAUUUGUGUAAGGCUGACUAUUCUGAUUGUGAAUAACUUGGUGUUAUAUACUACUUUUCUAAAUGUCAGUAGUCUUAGUAUAUCUGUGAACAUUUGGUUGUGAUUUAGUAUAUAAGCUUGCUUUUAUUUAACUACUGCUGUGGAGACCAUGACAGUUUUCAAAACUUGAUGCCAAAUGUAUCAUGGCAGUAUGACAGACUUUCAAGGUAGUGUGGAGUCUAACAAACUGCUUGUUUCUUAAAUCAAAAUUAUUUACUUAAU